CCGUAGCGAAUGGUAGCACAACUUUCCAAAUAACUACUUAACGGUGGCCGGUGGUUCCAGUGUGAUGUGUUGUCUCUGCGACCGUUUGCCUCCGUGUGACUCACAGUUUAUCUAAUGACAGGAACCUAACCCGUCGCUGGAACCGUGUUUUAACAUGGAUUACUUGCUCCAGGUGAAAAUCGGCGCUCUCGUCGGUUUGUUGCUCUUAACGCUCCUUUUUGGAUCCAUCCCCGCCCGUGUGAAGUGGUUCAGGAACACUAACGGAUCAGGGACCCACCGCACAGUUUUGAGUCUCAUCAGCUGCUUUGCUGGCGGUGUUUUCCUGGCAGCAUGUUUACUCGACAUUGUUCCCGAUUAUCUGUCAGACAUCAAUGCGGAACUGGAUUCUCGUAAAAUAGAGACCAGCUUCCCUCUCCCAGAGUUCAUCAUGGCUUCAGGCUUCUUCAUAGUCCUCAUACUGGAGAAGAUUGUCCUGAACUGCCAGGACAUAUGCAGGGCUCAGGGAGAGGCAACGCCUCUCGUACCAGAGAACAGAAAUGGCAAUGUGCCAGGACACGGACACGGACACGGACAUGAACCAAGCCCUGAUCUGGAGAGCAGCGGCCACCACGUCCAUGUUGACUUCCAGGCUCACUCUCCCUUUCGCUCCUUCAUGCUGUUCCUCUCGCUUUCACUCCAUUCAGUGUUUGAGGGUCUUGCUAUUGGCCUACAGAACACAGAUUCAAAGGUAUUGGAGAUCUGCAUCGCUAUACUGGUCCAUAAGAGCAUCAUCGUGUUCAGCCUGUCUGUGAAGCUGGUCCAGAGCGCAGUCCGUCCACUGUGGGUGGCCGCUUACAUCGGAGUGUUCGCCAUGAUGUCGCCUUUAGGCAUUGGCAUUGGCAUCGGCGUGAUGGAGGCUCAGCUGGUAGCAGGAGCGCUAAUCCAGUCCGUCCUGGAGGGGCUCGCGGCGGGAACGUUUAUUUACAUAACCUUCCUGGAAAUUCUCCCGCACGAGCUCAACUCGCCCGAGAAGCAGCUUCUCAAGGUGCUCUUCAUCCUGCUGGGCUUCGGCAUCAUGGCAGCUCUGACGUUUUUGGGAUGAGAUGUGUCAGAGCGUGACCCGGACUCUUUGUGCCGCCGACCGCAGCUCCUACAAGUUUUUUUCGGUGACCUUUCUAGGUUUUUAUUUUCAAGGAGAGCACGACAGCUCAUCUUGACAUUUUAUUGUUUUCAAAAGAGAUUUUUGUACAUAAAAAAGUUCUUUUUAAGAGGAUUUUAUGAAAAUAGAAGCUACUUUUUUGCAAUGAGAAAGUUUGUUCCACAGUAGAAAAUGGCUGUGGAAACAAAGUGUGUUUGUUCCAUGGUGUGUUUACAUGGUUUAAUGUCAUGUCAGUGUCUCUGUAACUCCAUAAUUUGUAUGUUUACAUUUCAGUGGGAUUGUUACAGCUUCUUGUUUCCAAAAGAAGCACAUGUUUUGCUUUGUUAUUUUUGUUGAAGUAUUUCAAUGUGUGCCCUGUACGUACGUUUCUUACCCCACACUGAGCUUGAAGCUUGUAGGUCUUUGCAAACUGGUAUUAAUGACGUUUCCGUCAAGGUUUUAUUUGUUUAAAAGAGUACUGUGUGCUCUGUCAGGCUUCUUUACACGACUACUGUAAAUGUAAACUGACUCCCUGGUGCCUUAAGGAGGUGUGAGAAAGAGAAGAUUGUGGCAGUGAUAAGAGA